AUGAAGGAGCAGAUAGAUAAGAAAGCAGAAUACUUGGCAGUAAUCCGACAGAAAGAAAUGGAAAUAGCGAAGGAGAAUGAGACGCAGGAGAAAAGAAUUGCGGCUAUUAAAACGGAGUGUAAUGUUAUUGAACGGGAAUGUGGGGUGCUUAAAAAACGUAACUGCGCCAUAUUGUUAAAGCUAAGGAAAAAACUCUUAGAAGCGGAAAACCUAAGACGCAAACGGAUAAAGCAAACCUCCCAAAAAAAAGAUUAA